AUGGUGGAUCCAGAUCCUGAAGAAAGGAGCGAUUCAUCCAACUCUCGAGGGCUGCCCGCCCCCAGGUCUGACGAGGAUAUGUAUUACAAUCCUGAAAGGUAUGUUCCAAUUGUUGAACUCGAAAAUCACCAACUGCGCAAACAGUUGGCGGAAGCAACAAAGCGCAACGAAGAGUUAGCCAGACAGGCUGCUGGUGCCCAAGCACCUCCCCGGAGGCCUAGGGGACGUCCUCGUGGGAGCACGACCUCCAGGAGGGCGGAACAGGUGCUGCCACCAGCAUCCCAGCCAGUUCAUCCAAGGCCCCAGAGGAGUAACCGGGCUGAGGGUACUACCAACCCGACUGCAAAAGCACAAACAGGAGCGGGAAAUAACCGAGCCCCCUCAGUGGCUCAGAACCCAAAUCCUGAUGUUGCGCAAAACAACCCGGAGCCUGACCGGGCGAAUUCAGAACCAUCUAGGCCACCAUCUCCCAUAAGACACCCACCAUCGCCAAUAAGGUACCCCUCGCCAGUCUAG